GUGGCCGCCGCUUCCCGUCUCCGUUGACUACCGAGCCAAGCUGGCCUCCCCGGCCGCCCCGUCCAUUCCCCCGGACCCUGACCCGGAUCCGGGUCCCGACCAGGCUGGCGAGGAGCACUAUGUAGGGGAGGGCGAGUCCAGCCAGCCUGAUGCACACCGGGUGCCCGCAUACUACAAGGACGCCGAGACCAUCACGGAUGUGUGUAACAGCACCGAGCUGCCGGAGUUUGAGAUCAUCAGCCUGUUGGAGGAGCAGCUGCCGGUUUAUCGGCUGCGGGCGGACACGGCGUACGGCUACGAACGCGAUGACUGGCUGCACACGCCCCUGGUGGCCGUGGACACCUCGCUGGACCUGACCUCCGAGCAGAUAGAAGAGACUCUUAAAUACUUUUUGCUGUGUGCAGACAGAGUGGGCCAGAUGACCAAGACCUACAAUGACAUUGAUGCUGUGACACGACUUCUGGAAGAGAAAGAGAGAGAUCUGGAGUUGGCGGCAAGGAUCGGUCAGACCCUCCUGAAGAAGAACCGGGUUCUGACGGAGCGGAACGACUAUCUGGAGGAGCAAGUGGGACGAAUCACGGAGGAGGUGGCACAGCUGCACCACGAGCUGAACCUGAAGGACGAGCUGCUGCAGUUCUACACCAACGCUGCCGAGGAGAGCGAGGAGGAGUCAGGCGCUUCCCCGACGAGCAGGAAGAGUCGAGCGGACGCCGCGUCCGGACUGUUCCUGAGCGACACGCUGCAGAAGAAACUCCGAGAGCUUGAAGAAGAGAACCUGUCCCUGCGAUCCGAGGCCAGCCAUCUCAAGUCGGAGACGGAAACGUACGAGGAGAAGGAGCAGCAGCUGGUCAACGACUGCGUGAAAGAACUCAGGCUGUCCAGUCGCCAGAUCUCCACCAUCGCCGAGGAGCUGGCCCGCAAGACCGAGGACGCCUCGCGACAACAGGAGGAGAUCACGCACCUCCUGUCCCAGAUUGUGGACCUGCAAAAGAAAUCCAAAUCUCUGGCGGUGGAGAACGAAGAACUCUUGCAUCAUCUGGUCGCAGCCAAGGAUGCUCAGAGGCAGCUGACCGCAGAGCUGCAAGAGCUGGAGAUGAAGUACUUGGAGUGCAUGGAGAUGUUGCACGAGGCCCAGCAGGAGCUGAAGAACCUGAGGAACGCAAACUAUGCUGCGGGAACCCCCAGACGCUUCCAUCCUCUGGGACUCUACCCCAUGGACUCUCUGGCUGCAGAGAUUGAGGGAACCAUGAGGAAGGAGUUAAGUCUGGAUGAGCCAGAGUGUGACCAUCAAAAAGUCCAUCGCAGGCGCGUUUUCCAGACGGUAAAGAACGUCAACCAGACGGUGCGCCAGCGCUCUCUGACCCCAACCGGCACAAACGUCCCAGGUUCCAACCAGUCCUUGUCCUCCUCGCGCACGUCGCCACAGUCCAGCGGGCUCACCAGUCCCGGCGUGUGCGCGGGGGACCUCGGCGGGGACGGCGUGCCUCUUGACAACCGCGUCCAGAGCAUCCUCAUGGAGGUGGAGAGGAGCGCAGAGGGUGAAGGGAAGAGCGGGGCCCGGGACUUGCGUGUGGCCCUGCGCCGCUUGUCUCUACGCCGGCAGAACAACCUGAGCGAAAGGCGAUUCUUUGACGAGGAGAGGGAGCGCAAGCGAGGCGGCCACCCAGACCCCCUGGGGGCUGUGGUCACCCCCUCUGAAAGCAUCAUGUCCCUGGGAAACCUGCACCUGUGGGCCUCCAGGGGGCCCUACCUGCCUGACAAACUCCAGAUUGUCAAGCCGCUGGAAGGGUCAGCCACCCUGCACCACUGGCAGCAGUUAGCCCAGCCGCACCUCGGGGUCAUCCUGGACGCCAGACCAGGAGUGGUGUCCAAAGGCUACAGACCCCUUGAAGUAGAACUGCAAGAGGCGUAUUCGUGGGGCAGCUUUGAGGAGGAAGAAGCAGCAGAUGGCUACUUCCAGAACUUACCCACCUGCUCGCCAGCCGGGCCCUGCACCAGCAGCAGCCUACCGCCCGCCCACCCGGUCCCACCUUCUCCCCCCUCGCCAUCUCCCUCGCCGCAUCUCAGCAACACGGAUGCACUAGCUGCUUACUACCCAGGUAAAUGCAUGGCUCACACAAGCUCCACCUACACCUUCACCACAUGCCGCAUCCUGCACCCCACUGACGAGCAGACGCACGUCACGCCCAGUCUGAACGCCAUCGCUGCCACCUCCUCUUCCCCCUCCUCCUCCUCCUGCGUGAUGACCAGCUCUCUGCUGCCCGCCGCCACACCUUGCACGCCUCGAAGGCUCAGUCUCGGUCUCCGGCCCUCGGAGUCAUCAACCAACCUCAGGGAUGGCACCCGCACCACCAGCACCUCCCUGGGCUUGGUGCGCCUCCUACAGGAGAGAGGGAUCUCAGCAGCCGUGUAUCACCAGAGUCAGGCCAGUGAGGGCGUCUUAUUCAGUACCUCCAUCACGCCCGACAGACCCCGUGACCCGGACCCCCUGCGCCCCACAACACCUCCAAACUCCCCCACAGGACAGGGGGCCACGUCUAUGGGCUUCGACUUCAAGAGCCCCUCCUACGACAACUUCCUGGCCUCCAAGCCGGCACGUUCCUUCCUGAAGGAGGUGACUGCGGGCACCAGGGGCCGCCAGAGGGGGCGGGACUGCGAGAGCCAGACUGACGUGAGCGUGAGCGUGCACAACCUCAACCUGCUGGACAAGGUGAAGCGUCUGGGUGUGGCCCGGCCGCCAAGUCCGAGCCCCGUGCUGGGGCCUCUGGGUGGGCUGCGGAGAUCGGGCUCCCCCUUUGGGCCUGAGGGGAUAAGACGGAACAGGAGUUACCCGGCGAGCAUGGCCAUGAAGGCUCCGGGUCCUCCUGAGUAGUCCGCACCAGGGAAAUGGGAGGAGCCAAUCUGGUGCUGGGGGUUGAACAACCAAAGACACAGCCAUUAUAUUAGGUACACCUGACAUUACACUGGAAAAACAACGGUGGACUUGAGGGGGAGGGGGGGGGGGGUGGACAACAACAGUAGGAUUUUUUAAGCUUCACGGUAAUAAUCGCUGUAGAUUUUACGGUAAAAUGAUAUCGUAAGUCAGUCGGCAGAAUUACCGUAUUUCCUUGAAUUGCCGCCGGGGCGCUAAUUAAUUCAAAACCCCUUCUCACUUCGGCGUUUACCAAAGGCAUGCGGUAAAUUCAGGCCUGCGCUUAUAAAUUUGAGUGUGAUGAUCAUGAAAAGCACAUUUAAUAGAAAAAAACGUUAUCAUGGUCUUACCUUUACUUAGAAAUGAAGUCCAUGCGCAGCUCCUUCUGAUCAAAAGCAUCGAUGACUUGUUUAUAGAAGUCUUCCUUAUCUUUAUUCAGUUUUAAAAGUCUCUUUGUCUUGAUGGAGAUCUUCCUUUAUUACCUCCUGCUUCGAUUGUAUUUUAGAUAUGUAAUCCUCCAUGUUAAAAGUGCAAGCGAGAGGAAAACAUAAACACUCUUGCUGCUUGUUGUCACUUCUUCUGCAGCCGAGUAGUCGCAAGAAGGAUCACUGGCGCCCUCUGCCACCAGGAGGCGGGAGUCAUUUAAUGACUCAUGUUUGACACACGCAGCCACGGUAUAUUGAUAAAACAUAGCUGCUUACUGUUUUUUUUUUUUAGCAUAAUCAAUAGCUUGAACCUUAAAUCCUACUGAAUAGCUCUUAAUCUUCUUCCCUUUAUGCGAUUUCAAAUGAUUGAAAUCAGCCUCCUCCAUUUUGAAAAUGAUGACAGGUGAAGUGUCACUCGUGACGUGACGAGUUUGACCCUGCGGAAAUUCAAGGCAUAUGCUAAUUAUUUGGCGAAACGAGUUUGACCCGUCAGUAAUUCUAGGCAGGCGCAUACUAUAUACCCGGUGGCAAUUCAAGGAAAUACGGUAAGUACCGCUCUUCAGUUGAUGGUCAUUUGCUGCGGUGCUACUGUUUGUUUCAAUUCACAGUAAUUCUCUGGAUGGACUGUAAUUUUUUUACCUUCGAAACAAUGUUACUGUAAAAGUACUACUCUUUAAGUCAUUUGCUUUCAAAACAAUGACCUGCCAAUUUACUUUUACUGGUAAAUUACAGUGAUAGCGUUUUCCCAUUUACAGUAAUGCACUGCGAAAACAAUGACUAUACAAUAGAUUUUAGGGCAAUGGGGAAUGUUUUUGUAAAAGCUGUACCGCUCUUUCAUUUACUUUAUUUUGUUGUGCGAUCUGCUCUGCCUGCGAUGAGGGAGCGACUUGUCCAGGGUGUAAACUGCCUUCCGCCCGAUUGUAGCUGAGAUAGGUCACACAGGAGGGUGGGC